AUGGCAACACCAACAACCAACACCAAAGACAUUCUCUCAGAUUUAGAUCUAGACCCCAGAAUCAAACCCUUCAAAAUCUCCAUCGCAAACUCUCAACUUUCCACCCUUCACCAAAAACUCGAAAAUGCAUCUUUCCCGGAUGAACUACUAUCCCAAGACAAGUCCCACGAGUGGGACAUGGGCGCUCCACUAGAAGACAUAAAGCGCCUCACGACAUACUGGCGUGAAGGCUUUGAUUGGCGAAAAGCUGAGAAGGAACUGAAUGACAGUCUGCCGCAGUAUACGACUGCAGUAUCUGUGGAAGGGUUUGAGGAGGACGUUGAUGUGCAUUUUGUGUAUCAGAGAGCUCAGGGAGUGGAGAACGGGAGAGGGAUUCCGUUGUUGUUUUUGCAUGGGUGGCCUGGCAGUUUCAUCGAAGUGAAGAAAGUGCUUCCUCUUCUGACCGGAGGAGGCGAAGGACAUCCUAAGUUCGAUGUCGUCGCGCCUUCACUUCCCAACUUUGGGUUCUCCGGUGGUAUACCAAAGAAGGGCUUCGGACUCGCCCAAUACGCAGAAUCCAUGCAUGUCUUGAUGAUCAGACUAGGCUACGCAGAAUACAUCAUCCAAGGCGGCGACUGGGGCUCCUUCAUCGCCCGCGCAAUGGCCAUCCGCUACCCCUCGCACACAAAAGCCAUACACCUCAACUUCAUCCCUUCCCCUCCUCCCUACCCCUGGCGCAACCCUUUCUUAUUUCUGCAAGCCGUGCUAGGCUACCUCUUGCCACCAUUCUCGGCCACCAACAGACGGAAAGUAGCUAUCUUGCAAAGCUAUCUGGAACGAGAGAAUGCGUAUGCGAAGCAGCAGGAUACGUAUCCGCAGACACUGGGGUAUGCGCUCAACGACAGUCCCGUGGGGCUUUUGGCCUGGGUGUAUGAUAAGCUUCAUAGAUGGACGGAUAGGUAUGAUUGGACAGAUGACGAGAUCUUGGAGUGGGUGAGUAUUUAUUUGUUUUCGAAGGCGGGACCGGCUGCAUCUUUGAGGAUAUAUCGUGAAUCUGUUACACGGCCCAGUUCUGCUGUUAAUACUACUACUGCUAAUGGUAAAGACGGGCUUGGUUAUACGUGGUUAUCGCGCGAUGAGGUCAUAUCCACGCGAAUAGCGGACUGUGUCAAAAUAGCUGUUGCGAACUUCCCAGGGGAGAUCAUUCAGAUUCCGGGUUCGUGGUUGAGAGCUAUCGGAAACAUUGUGCGGGAGACGGAGUUUGAGAAAGGGGGCCAUUUUGCGGCGUGGGAGGCGCCAGAGGUGCUGGUGCAGGAUUUGAAGGCUUUCAUGGGCAGGUCAGGGGAAGCUUACGGUGUUGUUACAAAUAAGGAUGGUUUCUAG